UUACAAUAGUAGCAGCAGCAAAAGCAGAUAGACCAUCGCCACUCUCGGCAGUGGUCAGCCUACCAGUUGGAAACAUGGCUGCUUCUAAGAUGCUUAUCCCCACUCUCACCCACUUCCGCCCUCUAACAUGCGCCGCCACUGCCUCAUACCCGGCGCGGCUGGUCCCUCACCCACCCGACCUCCUGAAGUGGGUCAAAAGGGAAGGUGGGUUCGUGCACGAGGCAGUGAAGAUAACCCAGGACACUACCCACGGGCUAGGCCUUGUCGCCUCUAGAGAAAUCCCCAAAGGCUCUGAUCUUAUCGUCCUCCCUGAUCACGUUCCCUUGAAGUUUCAAUCAGACAAAGGCGAUGGGGCUGGCUCUGUCUUGCUCCAUUUGUCUAACCAAGUUCCUGAGGAACUAUGGGCAAUGAAGUUGGGUCUGAAGCUUUUGCAAGAAAGAGCAAAGGUUGGAUCCUUCUGGUGGACAUACAUCAGCAAUCUCCCUGAAACUUACAGUGUACCCAUCUUCUUUGCUGGAGAGGAUAUAAAGAACUUGCAAUAUGCUCCUCUGCUUUACCAGGUGAAUAAAAGGUGCUGUUUUCUUUUGGAGUUUGAGCAAGAAGUAAAAAAUGCUCUUAAAAGUCUUAAACCAAGUGAACACCCUUUUGGUGGGCAAGGUGUAGAUGCAUCCUCCCUUGGAUGGGCAAUGUCAGCAGUCUCGUCAAGGGCAUUUCGUUUGUAUGGGAAAAAGCUUCCAGAUGGAACCCACAGUGAUAUCCCAAUGAUGCUCCCUCUGAUUGAUAUGUGCAACCAUAGCUUCAAUCCAAAUGCCCGAAUUUUGCAAGAACAAGAUGCAGGGAAUCCAAAAAUGCUAAUAAAGGUUGUAGCUGAAAGGCAGAUCCAACAAAGUGAUCCUUUACUUCUGAAUUAUGGUUGUCUAAGCAAUGACUUUUUCCUAUUGGAUUAUGGAUUUGUUAUACCAUCAAACCCGUAUGACUAUAUUGAGCUCAAAUAUGAUGGGGCUCUUAUGGAUGCUGCAAGUAUGGCUGCUGGUGUUUCUUCACCUAAUUUCUCCUCACCAGCUCCAUGGCAACAAGAAAUUCUCUCUCAGCUUAAUUUAGAUGGAGAAGCUCCAAAUCUCAAGGUAAUCAUAGGAGGUCCUGAAUUGGUAGAGGGACGCUUAUUGGCUGCUUUAAGAGUUCUACUAUCAAAUGACAUGGAAUCAGUGCAGAGGUAUGAUUUGAAUGCCCUCAAAUCUUUAUCAGCUGAAGCUCCCCUUGGAGUUGCGAAUCAAGUAGCUGCUUUUCGUACCGUUAUUGCACUUUGUGUGAUUGCAUUGGGACACUUCCCAACGAAGAUAAUGGAUGAUGAGUCUCUACUGAAACAAGAUGUUUCCAUUUCAACAGAGUUGGCGAUACAGUUCCGGAUGCAGAAGAAAUCUGUGAUUAUAGAUGUCAUGAGAGAUCUCACAAAGAGGGUGAAGCUUCUGUUAUCAAAGGAGACCACCACUGCCUAAUUUAUUAGGAUAUAGAAUCAUUCAACUGCAGUUUGUUCCUUCUUUGACACUUGUUCUGGUUUUGUCAUCUAUGUUGUUAUAACCCGUAUAAAUUUCAUAUUUGUAAUACGAUUUGCUGCUGGUUUCAGUCAUUUAAAUUUUUACAUCUAUGGAAAAUUUUGUCUGCUUUUAACUGCUGAUGAUAUUUGG